CACGCGCAUCUGUCAACAGUCUCCCCGAGACGGAUGGCGGUUGUGCAAAAACAAAUCGUGCGAUCGAACGUAAUUAACAACAAAGCGCUUUCGAGCUGUUUUCUCACUCCGCGCCAGAGUCAAACGGACGUCCCCGAAGUGGUAAAAACGGGCAUCUUGUCUGCGACGCAGCUGCAGCUCUUUAUUGCGUGAAAUCCCACCAUCAUCACCGCCACCACUCCCGCCGUACCCGUCGCUGGAAAACUCUAUCGUCUCACAGUGGGAGGGGGCUAACAGAAAAACAGCCUUGUUGCUCACGCACCAAACAACACGCCAAACGGUGCAAAGAGAAACUUUCCACAACUUCAUAUUCCACGGUUGAAACGGUGGACACUGUAAGUGCCGUCGUUUAGCGAAAGCAAUCCCCUGCGCAACGAGCUCCUACCAGCGAAAGAUGAGCUGCAACGAUAAGAACGACGGCAUCUCGAAGGAGGAAUGGCAGAGCCGUCUCGAAACUUUCCCGUUCAAGCAGGACGACAUCAACAAGCUGAUCAUGAACUACCUGGUCACGGAGGGUUUUAAGGAGGCGGCGGAAAAGUUCCAAGCCGAGUCCGGCGUCACACCGUCGGUCGAUCUCAACUCGCUCGACAACAGGAUACAGAUCCGGGAGGCGGUCCAAAAUGGCUUCAUUCAGGAGGCGACGCAUCUCGUCAACCAGCUGCACCCGGAGCUGCUGGACAACGAUCGCUAUCUGUACUUUCACCUGCAGCAACUGCACCUUAUCGAGCUGAUCCGUGCGGGCAAGAUCGAGGAAGCGCUCACCUUUGCCCAGACGCAAAUUUCCGAAGCGGGCGAAAGCAACCCGGAGGUGCUGAACGAGCUCGAGCGCACGCUGGCCCUGCUCGCGUUCGAAACGCCGCAGCACAGCCCGUUCGCGGACCUGCUCGGCCACUCCCACCGGCAGAAGGUGGCGAGCGAGCUGAACGCGGCCAUCCUGAAGAUGGAGCAGCAGGAACAGUCCAGCCCGCGGAUGAUCAACAUCCUCAAGCUGAUCCUGUGGGCGCAAACCGAGCUGGACAAGAAGAAUGUAAAGUACCCGAAGAUGAUGGAUCUGGCCUCCGCCACGAUCGAACCGAAGUGAGCCGCAUAUGUGUGAGUGGGUGUGUGUACGUGUGUGUGUGUGUGUGAGUGGGUGCUUCCGCGUGUAUGUAGAAAGGCGAACGUGAUAUUUGGGCGAGCGAUGGGCGCGAUUGUGAGUUUGUAGGAGCAUGGCCGAUUUGCCAGCCCAAACUAACAGCUGAAAAGAGUAAUGGUGACGAGAUUUUUUAGGCUAGGGAAGCUUUGAAAAGCACCAACGUGUUGGCCUAGGGCUACAUGUUUUUUUUUUUCGUUUUUUUUUUUGUUUCGUGAUUAGUUUGUGUUAAGAUGAGAAAAGUCUAGGCAGUAGAAUCGAGUAGAUGUUUAAACUUUUUCGAUCCAAUUUUAUGAACAAGUACCAUGCACACGCUCCGAAACGAUCUGUCAGCAUUGUACUGCACAUACUUAAAAAUGGAAACAAGUGCGACGGUUUUUGAAUGCAUGUUAAUCACGCCCUUUUCAUUGUGGGUGGCAAAUUGCGCCCUUUUUAGUAAAAUAUUACAUACCUCAGUUGUGGACAAUAUUAUGUAGGCCGAUUAAUUACCUUUUUUUCUUCUAACCAUUCUGCAAUAUGUUUGUGUUCACUUUCUUAUACCUAGCAUCUCAUUGAAGGCGUAACAGAAAAAAAAAUAAAUAUAUUUUUGUGUGUA